UAUUGCGAGCAACAAUGUUUAGCUUGUAUCAACCGAACUGACUUCAUACGCGAAAUGUUAUUUUUAUUUUGCAAAUCAUCAUUCCAAAUCUUUCGUAUCAGGCUAGUGUUAUCAGACGGUAACAAAAAAGCAUUAUCGCUACUAUUUAACUCGAGUUGAAGAAUUUAUAAUGCUAAAAGUGUUCGGAAUGAUGAGUGGUGCAAGAAACUUAUGCAGUAAAGCCGGUUCUCGUCUACAGGGGAAAGUUGCCGUUGUGACAGCUUCCACGGAUGGUAUCGGAUAUGCUAUAGCGGAACGACUGGGCCAGGAAGGAGCGAAGGUUGUUGUUAGCAGCCGUAAGGAUGCAAACGUCGCUAAGGCUGUGGAUCAGCUGACCAAGGCGGGACUAGAUGUGACCGGAAUUAAGUGUCAUGUCGCAAACAGUACCGAUCGGAAGGCACUGUUUGAAAAGGCAAUCGAAAAAUAUGGUGGAAUCGAUAUUCUUGUUUCCAACGCUGCGGUCAAUCCAGAGGUUGGCAAUGUUUUAGAUACUAGCGAGACGGCUUGGGACAAGAUUUUCGAAGUGAAUGUUAAAUGUUCGUAUUUGCUGGCGAAAGAAGUUCUUCCCUUUAUAAGACAACGCAAAGGCGGAAGCAUAAUAUUUGUGUCGUCUAUAGCCGGAUUUCAACCGUUCUCUCUGUUGGGAGCCUAUUCGGUAAGCAAAACCGCCUUAUUUGGGCUGACUAAAGCUGCUAGUCAGGAUUUAGCUAGCGAAAAUAUUCGAGUGAACUGUAUUGCACCAGGAAUCGUUAAGACGAAGUUUGCUGCUGCUUUACACGAGUCUGAUGCGGCCAAAGAAACAGCAUUGGCUCAAAUUCCGAUGGGACGAUUUGGUGACCCCAAAGACAUAUCUGGAGUUUGUGCUUUUCUGGUAUCAGACGAUGCCAGUUUCAUCACGGGGGAAACGAUCGUGGCUUCCGGCGGAAUGCCCUCAAGGCUGUAAUACCAAAAUAAAUAUAUAAAGGGUUGGUUUGAUAACAUAAA